AUGAACGAUGUCGACAUCGUUAGAGUCUUGGUCGACAGUGGCGCUGACCCGUCCUUGUCGGACCAAGACAAGAACACGCCACUGACGAUUGCCGUCAAGCGCGAGUAUAGCGCCAUUUUGGUCGUGCUCGGAAGCCGCAACCACGUCACUAUCGACAACGAUCAGGUCUUGGGUAGCGGUGCUGUUGGCACCGUGUACCGGGGCACGUUCAACGGUCGGAACGUGGCCGUCAAGGUGUUUCCACAACCACUUUAG